AAGAUGUCGGAAACAGACAAGUUCCUAGCCCCUUUCCCUCCACCACCCAAGAAUGUGAAUGGUUCCAGCUCGGACACGUACCUUGGUGAGAAUUUGGGGACCGACGGUGUCCGCCGACGCCGCCACACCAUGGACCGCGACCCCAAACAGGCCGAACAUCGCUUCUUCCGGCGCAGCGUCAUCUGUGACUCGAACGCCACCGCCUUAGACCUCCCCAGCAAGGCCGUCAUCCUCACCUCCCCGCCCGACUGCGAGCCCCCCAGCCUGGGCUGGCUCUCCCUGGCUGUCCCCUCUGUGGUGGUACCCGAGCCGUGCCUGGCGGUGGCCGAGGUGGAAGCAGAUGAGGAAGGAGGGGAGGGGCCUUGUAGUGCGGUAUUAGGGCCCAGUGUUGGUGGCGGUACUAGAGUGGAUGGUACGGUAGUGCAGAUAAAGCCAUGCACGGCAGUAUUGGAUGUUUGCGGCGGAGAGAAAGGAAAGAAGCUGUUGUCGUUAGCCGCCGCAGAGGCUCCUGGAAUGGAGGAGGUGUCGCCCAGUAAAGCGGGGAGCCCGCGGAGGAGGAGAGCGGUAGUGUUACAGAGGAGAUGCGAGAGGAGAAGGAGAAGGGGGCGGCGAAGGCCCUAUUAGAGGAGCAGAAGAGGGAAGCAGAGAAAAAGGUUCAGGACGACAUAGAGGAAGUGGAGACCAAGGCCAUAGGGACCUCGCUGGAUGGACGCUUCCUGAAGUUUGACAUCGAGAUCGGACGCGGAUCCUUCAAGACGGUCUACAAGGGCCUGGAUACGGAGACGACAGUGGAGGUGGCGUGGUGCGAACUGCAGGAGGAAGAGCUCAUGGUGUCUGUGAUCAGAAGGGGAGAGAGAGGCCUACGUUGCAGACUGAGAAGAACUGCUGACUCACUGAAGCUUUGGGCUUAAUUGACCGUUUGAUUUUAAUUUGGUCGUUUUCGCUUCUACAAUGUCCCCAGGCUCUCAGAGAGGCCUUAAGACACAGUGGAGGAACAGGGUCACUCUUUUUCUUUUCCUGUCUCUUUCUCUGGCCCCUCCCAUCUUCUCUUUCUCUGGCCCCUCCCAUCUUCUUCUCUGCCCGCUCCCAUCUUCUCUUUCUCUGGCCCCUCCCAUCUUCUUCUCUGCCUGCUCCCAUCUUCUCCUACCCCUCUCUCUCUCUCUCUCUCUGCCCGCUCCCAUCUUCUCCUACUCCUCUCUCUCUCUCUCUCUCUCUCUCUCUCUCUCUCUCUCUCUCUCUCUCUCUCUCUCUCUCUCUC